AUCGCUCGGGUAACAACCGCGUCCUCCCUAGGCGCCUCUUCCUCACUGAAAAUCUCCGAUGGAAAAAUGCCUCUGGUAGGAGGAGUAGGAGAUAUUAUUAUCUGAAGCGAACGAGGGGACCCUUCUUCUUCUUCCGUCUGUCUCUAGCAUAUAAAAAGGUCUCGCGUCACAAACCUUCUUGGGUCAAAGUUGCUCAUUCGUGAACGCAGGAAAGGAAAAAUAAAAAUAGAGAGUGACCCCGUGAACGAGUUCAACGACGGUAAAUAAAAAGUUUUUCUUUUUUAUUCAUCCGCACGGUGACUGUCAUUUGUUCUAAACUUUUUUUUUGGGGGAAGUGGUUCUUGUCGACAGAGGUAAAGGUAAGGCACACGUGCAUCAAACACACAAGCACGCGUUGCAUUCGAAGAGAAUAGAUGACUUUCCCUUGAGAUGCUUCCAUGAUUUUCUCUCUGACCGCAGAAGACGAAACUCCUCAUUGUCCCGCGAUGUAGUAGUGCUCGAGGAAGGACCGCUUUCCGUUUUCCCUCGUUGAGUUUUUCAUUCGUUUUCGGAGCCUUCGACUCAAACCAGGUCCAGUUCUGUUUCGAUUCUCUGUCCACAUUCCUUCAGUUUGGCCUCCGCCUGUGACAAACGAGGGUAUCGACUCCCCACGAGAAAAUGAUGGAGAGGAAAUAUGUCCCCACUGAUUGAUUGAUUAGUUGAUUUUCGAAUGUUCUUUUCCACCGAGACCAAGAAUUAUUGCACAAUAUCCUACGACAAAGAGGUAUCAUCACAUUUACUUUAAACUAAUUCAGUCUCUGAUGGUUUUCACAAAAAAACGGAAAAUAGGGUCAAUCCAGCUGCAUCGCAUUUCUGAAUGUUGCACCUAGGUUUAAGUUAACGACAAGAGGAAUAAGAGGAAUCAUUGUGAUGACGGGUGUAUUGAAUCGCACAACUGCUUGUGAUAUAAGAAAAUUGAUCGAAAUUCCGACAUAACUUGGAAAAUAGCUCGUAAAGUUUAUUCGAUUCGUGAUCAGUUUAAUAGCCCUUUAAAAUAUUGUUCCUUCGACUUAGUUCCAGAGUUCGCGCCAUAAUUAAUAAAUGAAAAAUGUAUGACGAAUUCCACGAUCCUCCAAAUUGUCGGACUGAUACCAUAUACGACAGGUGACGAUAGGAAAGUAUAACACAUAAUAGCAAUUGGAUAUAGAGAUAAAUUGUAUAUUUAGUUAAGGUCAUCGCCAUGGCUCUCCCGAGAAGAUCUUGAUUGUGAACGAGGAAGCAUCUCUCUCUCUCUCUCUCUCUCUCUCUCUCUCUCUCUCUCUCUCUCUCUCUCUCUCUCUCUCUCCUUGCAAAGAGAACGGACUGAAGGCAGCGCGAGGAUGCCGGGCCAAGCCGCCUAAAUGGCCGGGGACAAUGUCCGAAUUCACGCGAACGUUGUCAGGACCGCCUGGGACCUCUGAAGAAGAAUUCUGAAGAGCGCAGCGACGCCAUAUUCCAAACAGCCGGAGAGGAUACCGAAAGAGCCCAAGGAACACAGCCCCAAGGAUCAUCCCAGAAUGGAUGACAUGGGAUCCUCCUCUUCCUCUUCUUCGUUUUCCAUCAAGGAGACUAUCUUGGGCCUCAACUCAAGCAGCACCAACACCCACCACCACUCCGGCCACCACGGUUCCAGCGGCCACGUCCUGGAACUCUGGAACACCACCGAACAGGAAUACGUGGAGGAGUUCAGUAACCUCAGCCUGCUGAACUCUACGAACUGCACCUGGAAUGGUACCCAGUGGAUAUGCCCCCAGGGGGAAUGGGAGCCCAACCCUUACAACCUGCCCUGGUGGCAUCAGCUCAUCUGGUCGGUGGUCUUCGGGGGGAUGGUGCUGGUGGCCACGGGCGGGAACCUCAUCGUCAUCUGGAUCGUCUUGGCCGAUCGGCGCAUGCGCACCGUCACCAACAUCUUCCUGGUCAACCUGUCCGUGGCCGACACAAUGGUGUCCACCCUCAACGUCGUCUUCAACUUCACUUACAUGCUGAACCUGCACUGGCGCUUCGGCCACGUCUACUGCAAGAUCAGCCAGUUCGUCUCGGUGCUGUCGAUAUGCGCCUCCGUCUUCACCCUCAUGGCGAUAUCCUUCGACAGAUACAUCGCCAUCAUGCAUCCGCUUCGGCCGCGGAUGGGCAGGAAAGCCACCAUAACCAUAGCGGUGUGGAUCUGGGUUUCGUCCAUCUGCGUCUCGAUGCCCACGAUGAUAUUCUUCACGACGGACAACAUCCCCGAGAAGGACGGCGAAGAGAGGGUCGUCUGCUAUGGUGCUUGGCCUGACGGCGACCAAGGGGAGAGCUAUCUAGAAUACGUGCACACCGUCAUCCUGAUGGUGUUGACGUACAUCCUGCCCUUGCUGAGCAUGGGCUUCACCUACGCGAGAAUCGGCUGGACCCUGUGGGGCAGCAGGAGCAUCGGGGAACAGACCCCGAGGCAGGUGGAGAGCAUCAGGUCUAAAAGGAAGGUGGUGAAAAUGAUGAUUGUUGUAGUCACCAUCUUCGGCGUGUGUUGGCUUCCUUAUCACGCUUACUUCAUACUCGCCAAUUUGAUGCCUGAGAUUACGCAUACAGCCUAUAUUCAAGAGACGUAUCUAGCCAUAUACUGGCUAGCCAUGUCUAAUUCCAUGUACAACCCCAUGAUAUACUGCUGGCUCAACAAUAGGUUCCGCAACGGCUUCAAGAAGGUAUUUGCGAGGGUGUGUACCUGUAUACAGUACGACCAGGAACCAGUGGAGGUCACCCGAAUUCACACCACCAGGUUCUCGUGUUCAGGCUCUCCAGAAACACACCACCGAGUAUCAUGCGAUGGUACGAGUCACAUCUCUAUGCGGACGUACAUGUCUGAGGUGGGCGGCGGCGGAGGAGGAGGCGGCGGUGGCGCCGGUGGGACGAACGGGUCGAGGCAGCCCCCUUUGAGGCUGUGCAACGGCGCCAACUACAGGAGGGCCACGAACGGCGCGAGCAGCAGCAACAGGAAUUACGGGGGCACCACCAACAACGCGAAGGCCAACACCAAGUACCUCACGGUGUCCUACCAGUACGUGUGAAGGAAUCGCCUCGGCUGCGAGAGGGAAAGAAUGAUGAAUAAAUAAAUUAAAGCUGUAGGACAUCAGACGCCUCCUUUGCAGGGGGUCCUUCUCUGGCUUCCGCGCAGCAUCCUACGAGAAAUGGGAAGGAUAUGACGUCGAUGACGAUGAUGAUGAUGGUGGUAGUAAUGAAGACGAAGCAGAAACAUGAAAUUUGGUUCUACGAUGUGUCUUUGUAAAACCACAAAACGAAUUGAAAAAUAAUACUGAUCGCGGAAAAAAGCGAAUACUUUGUAGGGUUAACAUACCUCGACUACUACUUAGAUGGACUUCAACUCUUUAAACAUAUUUCUUGUAAAUAACACCUCAAAAAAAAUCUGUCUGAAGUCUCGGCGAUGGUAUGCAAUGGAGGGUGGGUGCUGAGAAAAUAUAUAUUACAAAAAGCAGUGUGAAGAGGCAGCAGAAGUUUCUAUUACUCAAACUCGCAAGGACUUUGGUAAAAGAAAAUAAAAAAAACACCAUGUUGUCUUUCCUGGCCUAUUACAGAAGGAGGAGCAAUUUCUCUCUCUCUCUCUCUCUCUCUCUCUCUCUCUCUCUCUCCUCUCUCUCUCUCUCUCUCUCUCUCGUUUCCGAUCCCUUUCGUAGUAGAUCCACUCCUUUCACAGAUAUCACUCUAAUUGUAAAUACAAAACUUUAUUGACUUUUUUGGAAUGUUUCUGAGAUGGUUAUAAAUAAAUAUAUAUAUAUAAUUAUAUGAACAUUUUUGUAUAUUGACAAAGGACUCAUUUUUUUCCCAUCUUGCCUCCCGUACCAGCUUUCAUUAUUUAAGGAUUAUUGCUACUAAAACAGAAACAUUGCUGUGCAUCUCUCCACACGAGGGAUGGGGCAAGAGGGAGAACGAUUCUAUAGGUACAAUAGAUGACUAUAUCACGUAAGUUAUAUAUUUUUUAUGGAAUUUGUGUAUUAUAUACAUGAGUGACGAGUCACGUGACAUAAGUGCGGACAAGCCAUUAUACACCUGUUCACUUCAGCGCGUUUUUACAAUACACGGUUUAUGAAUUUGCAAAUACAAUUAUCAUGUAGAAAUCGACGAAGGAGAGGAUUCUUUAUAGCAAAGGAAAAGAGUUGCUCAUUUGUCAUUAUAAACAUCUCUAUUUCUGUGUAGUGGGAUUCAUUCAUUCCUUUUUUUUUAUACCGAGUACAAUGGAUGGGAAAGUGCCUGAAGGAAUAAGGCAACAGUGGCUUAAUCGGAAAAAGUGCGAGGGAAUGAAAACUCUAUACAUAGACAAUUAUUAAGUGUUCCUGAAAGAGGAGCUUUGUGGCCGAAGAAGCGCUUGGCUCAAGCAGCUUCGGGAUUACGCAGAAAUAGAAGAAAACAGAUAAAUAAAUAAGCAUUAUAUCCGUCUUGUCGUGUUUGCAAUGACCACGCCCACCUUGUUUCAACGUGACCUCUGGCAGAGGGAAUAUAAUAAUAUGUAUCCUGUGUGAUUACUCUUGGCCAGUGAGAUGUUCUGACAUUUUCACUCUGUUUUGGAGAGUUUUGGAGAAAUGGUCGACAUUUCUCGCUUACAUUUUAGAGAUCUCAUAUUUUUGCAUUCUCGUCGAAAAGCAGGAUGUGUGCUCUGAAAGAAGGAGUAGAAGUAGAAGAAGAAGAAGAAGAUAAAGAAGAAACUUGUAAAUAAUUGGAAAAGAGAGAGAAAAAAAAAUUGUGAUGUAGAGCGAAGGAGCAAGGAGGAAAUAAUGUACAUAUAUAAUAAUUAGCGUGAAAUACAGGUACGUAUAUCAAGAUCACAAUUCUUGAAAGGUGAGAGGUUAAAAAGGAUUUAAUGAUGUGAGGUUACGUAAUGUUCUGCCAAAAAGAUAAGAAAAAAAAACACGGUUCAUUAUUAUCCAUAUCAUGUACUUAUAGGUGCCAACAAAAAGAUUUUCAUACAAGAACAAGUGUGUGAGUGAAAGAUUGUAUAUGUGUGAGCCGGGAAUAUGAGUGUGUGUACGUUUUAUCAUGUGAUCAUUAUUCGUCAGCUGUCACGUGCUCAUUUGUAAACGCCUGACCAUUAUAUGUGCAUAUACUAUAUAUAUAUAUAU